AUGAAGCUGUUUCUUGCUGAUGGCUUUGUUCUUGACGAGAAGUCUCCUCAGUAUAGAAACAAUGUGUUGGAGUUUGGGGACCUCGCUAAAAUGCGGUUACUUCCGUUUCUUGGUGAGCACAACGUCCUCAACUCCAUGCGCAAGCUGCACAAAUAG